CCCGCCCCCUCUGCGAAUUCUUUCACGCUUUUGUUUGCGCGCCCCGACGGAUAAGCCCCGCCCCGCACGGCUGGCCACGCCUCCAAGAAGCGGAGAAGCUGCCUCAGAAGGAGGAGGAAGAAGAGGAUAAGGAGGGGCCGCGUUCUCGUUUGGCUGAGGGGCUUCGCAGUACCGUCCCAACAUGGCAGCGGAGGGAAGUGACAGCGAGGACGAUGGCAGCGGCCGCAAAGUGCUAACCCUCUUCGUGUACGAUCGACGCCGAGACUGCUCCGACGACGACGAGAAACUUCUAGAAUGUCGGGAGAGCUACGGCGGCUUCCGUAGCGCCGUCUGUCAGGUGUUUGGCAUUUCUUCUGAAGAAACUUUUGUUAUCACAACAACUAACAGAAAAGAGAUCACAGUUGAAAACUUUGGUGAUAUGGUUAAGGACAAGAUGACUUGUUACCUGCUUCACUCUGUUGAUCAGUUGCUCCCCUCAGCAACAAAGGAACGUAUUGAUUUCCUUCCACAUUAUGACACACUUGUGAAAAGUGGAAUGUAUGAGUAUUAUGCUAGUGAAGGACAAAAUCCUCUGCCAUUUGCUCUUGCAGAAUUAAUUGAUAACUCACUGUCAGCUACUUCUCAAAAUUCCGGUGUCCGGAGCAUACAGUUAAAGCUGUUGUUCGAUGAUACCCAGGGAAAGCCAGCUAUUGCUGUUGUUGAUAAUGGAAGAGGCAUGACUUCUAAACAACUUAAUAACUGGGCUGUGUAUCGAUUGUCAAAGUUUACACGACAAGGUGAUAUGGAAAGUUUUGACAUUAGUGAUCAUUCAGGAUAUGUACGUCCUCCAAUUGUACCUCGCAGUUUAAACAGUGAUAUAUCAUAUUUUGGGGUUGGUGGUAAACAAGCUGUGUUUUUUAUUGGACAAUCUGCCAGAAUGAUCAGCAAACCUGCAGGUUCUCAGGAUGUUCAUGAGCUUGUUCUUUCUAAAGAAGAUUUUGAAAAGAAAGAGAAAAACAAAGAAUCUGUGUACAGCGGCUACAUUAGAAACAGAAAGCCACGUGACUCUUCUCAUAUUGUUAACGAUGAUGAACGAUUUCUGCACAAUCUUAUCAUGGAAGAAAAAGACAAAACAGGUUUCACUGCAGUGGUUAUUACUGGUGUACAGCCAGAACAUGUGCACUACUUAAAAAAUAAUUUUCAUCUUUGGAUGAGACAACUGACACACAUAUAUCAUUACUAUAUCUAUGGUCCAAAAGGAAAUGAAACUAAUUUGCCAAAGAAAGAGGGAAGACCUUUCAACAAUAUUGAUAUUGAGAUUUCAAUAUUUGAAAAAGGGAAAACACCCAAGAUUAUGAAUCUUAGAGAAAUCAAAGAUGAUAUGCAGACCUUAUAUAUAAACACAGCAGCGGAUAGUUUUGAGUUCAAGGCUCAUGUUGAAGGAGAUGGUAUAGUAGAGGGAAUUAUACGUUAUCAUCCUUUCUUGUAUGAUAAAGAAACUUACCCUGAAGAUCCUUGCUUUCCUUCAAGAGUAAAAGAUGAUGAUGAAGAAGAAGAUGAAGAUGAUGAAGCAGAAUGUUUUGCAGUAGAAAAGAGAGCCAGAGGCAAAAGACCUAUUUUUGAAUGUUUUUGGAAUGGAAGACUAAUACCAUAUACAACAGUGGAAGAAUUUGAGUGGUGUGCUCUUCCCAAGAAGAGGGGGCUUACCCCCAUUGAAUGUUACAAGAGAAUUUCUGGUGUAUUAUUUACAAAUGACAAAUUUCAAGUCAGCACCAACAAAUUGACUUUCAUGGAUUUGGAGUUAAAGUUAAAAGACAAAAAUACACUUUUUACAAGAAUCGUCAAUGGACAGGAGCAAAGAAUGAAAAUAGACAAAGAAUUUGCAUUAUGGCUCAAGGAAUGCCAUGAAAAAUAUGACAAGCAAAUAAAAUUUACUCUGUUCAGAGAAAUAGUUACGCGACCUGAAGUGACUUCCAAAAGAAAGCAGCGUCCCUGGGCUACAUACUCAGCGAUAGAAUGGGACGGAAAAACGUAUAAAGUUGGACAGCUAGUAAAAUCAACUAAAACAGUUCCAAUAUACCAUGGAAGUAUAAGGAAUUUUUUUCUAUAUGGAAAUCAUGAUGGAGAUGUAUAUGCUCCAGGAGGAUUUGUUCAGUUAGCCCUGGAACCCCAGGCACUAUAUGAUGAAAUAAAAGUUAUUCCAAUACACAAACUCGAUUGUUCAGCAUCUGACAAAGCAGUCAAAAAAUACAUAGAAGAAGAAAUGGCCAGGCUGCCUGAUAGGCUGUCAGUAACAUGGCCUGAAGGAGAUGAAUUGUUACCAGAUGAAACAAAACUUGCUGGAGCUACUAUAGGUGCACUAAAAAUUGAAAUACUGAAUAAAAAGGGAGAGGCUAUGCAAAAACUUCCUGGUUCAAGGCAUGGUGGAUCAAAGAAAUUGCUUGUGGAAUUAAAGGUUAUCUUGCAUGCCCCUAGUGGAAAUAAGGAAAUCAUUUCUCAUAUCAGUCAACAUGGGAGUAAAUGGCCAUUCUGGUUCAAAAAAAUGGAAAAUAUUAAUAAACUUGGAGCCUACACGCUGAAACUUCAAGUGGUGUUGAAUGAAAGCAAUGCAGACACUUACGCAGGAAGAUCUCUUCCAUCUAAAACUUUUAAAUUUAAUAUAAUAGAGGGCAAGCCUCAGAAGUUUUCAAUUGGUCUUCUGGAUCCUCCAUUUAGGGUUGGGCUUCCAUUCAGUAUUCCUCUAGAUGUCCAGGAUGAAUUUGGUCAUUCUACUUAUCUGACAGAUGAUAUUAUACCAGUCCUAGAAGCCAGUGGUUUAACAUUACAAUAUGAAGAAGUAGAAAGAAGACCAAAUUGUACUGUUAAAGGAAUAACUGCUAGAGGCCUUGUGAGCAGUUUGCAGGGAAAGAACUUUACUUUGAAGAUCAGUCUUCCUGGACUGAAGGAAGAAUCCCAGCUUUUGAAAAUUAAACUUCUCCCAGGUCCCCCUCGGCAAUUAAAAGUCAAGCCAGAUUCUGAUAUCUUGAAGAUUGAGAAUGGAACAGCAUUUCCAUUUCAUGUUGAAGUGCUGGAUGAAGUAGGAAACCUAACAGCACAGCCCAAACUAAUUGUCCAUUGCAAGUUUUCAGGCGCUCCCGACCUUCCUGUGUAUGCCGUGGACUGCAGCAGUGCAGGAUCAAAUAUCUUAACAGGACCAGUUCUGCAUAUACAGAAUAUAAAGAAGGACCAGAUACUUAAAGCAAGGAUUGAAAUACCUAGUUGUAAAAAUGUGCCACCAUUGGAGAAGACUAUUAAAAUGCUUCCCAGUAGCCGUGUUGCAAAACUACAUAUAUUUAGUGUUGGGGGAGAAAAAGCUAUUCAGAUCAAGCACCGGGAUGAAAUUAACUGGAUUGCAGGUGACAUGAUGCAAAAUCUUAUUUUCCAAAUGUAUGAUGAGGGGGAAAGAGAGAUCAUAGUAACUCCAACUCUGGCCGAAAAGAUUAAGGUAAAUUGGACCCCAAAGAUUAAUAGAGAACAAUUGCUUAAUGGUAUGUUACCUGAUGUGAAAGUGCCAACGUCUGUAAAAGAUCUCCGCUAUUGCCAAGUUACAUUUCAUGAUGAACAUGUAUCUUUGGAAAGUGAUUUUACAGUCAGACCACUUGCUGAUGAUCCGAAACAUAUAAAAUGCAAACUAAAAGGAUCAAAUAUAUUACAGAUGGGUGAAACACUACAAAGUGAAAUAGAGGUGAUGAUUACAGAUCAGCACGGAAAUCACAUUCAGACCCUACCAUCAUCUUGUGUGACUUCUUUUGGAAUUUCUGGAAAUGAUCUGGAUAGGUCAGAACUGAAAACUAUGUGGCAGGAAGAUACCCAAACUUUUCGUGUCACAGGCAUCAGGUUUAAGCCAUGUGCACCUGGAAUCAAAGAGUUAUGCUUUGCUUGGCGUGAAUUUUCUCAUUUUGUGAGAUUAAAAUUGGUGGCAGGACCUCCAGCCAAACUGAUGCUUGUAGACUGGACAGCGUUGGAAGAACCUCUGUCAGUGAUUAAUGGCAAAGAAUUACACAAACCUCUUAUAGUCCAGGUCUGUGAUGAGUGGAAUAACCCAUCUUCUGAACCUAAUGUCAAAAUCAGCCUUUUGAAACCUACAAGUGUAAAGAUGACUCCUUCAAAUCUGCUUCUUAAAACAGAUGAAAAUGGUAGAGCAAAUUUUGGAGUCAUUACUAUUCAUGCUCCUAGGGGAGAAUAUACAUUGCAGUUUAAAGCCUCAUACUACAAAAACACAUUGAAUUGCCCAAUAAUUAAAUUAAAUGUUCUGCCUGAUCCCGAGAAACCUAUAUGUUUGAAUGUCAAGUAUGACAAGGAUGCCACCUUUACAGCUGGAAACACCUUUCCUGACUUCAUGGUUAGUGUUAUUUCUGAAGAUGGCAAUAUUAUUGUAAGCGUAAAUCCAGGAAGAAUUUGCAUGAAAAUGUGGAAAGGACACAGUAGUGGUGCUUUAUCACAAAAUGUUACAACAUUUGGCUGUACCAAAACAAAAGAUAAGGAUGACGGCUUUUUCUACUUCAGGAACAAAAUUGUUCCAGAGAAAGUGGGUCCAUACAGCAUCCAGUUUAUGUUUGCAAUCGACAAAAUAAAUGUUCUUAACAGUGAACAGAUUAUAAUUGAAGUAGUGCCUAAUGAACCAACACAGCUGAUGCCAAGAACUUUGCCAAAUACUCCUGCUGUUUCUAAUGUUCGGGCUGUUGGCAGUCGGACUCUUGUCAAGGAUUUGACCCUCAUUAUAAUGGAUGAAUACAAAAACUCUACUGGAAAUGAUUUAGAUGGAAAAAUAAUAGCUAAAAUUAAAAGUUUGAUUGAGAAAGAUACAGACAUCCCCUUGUUCCAUGGGAAAACAAGUGCAGUUGAGUUUCCUUUUCAUAGAGGAGUUGCUGAAAUUGAGGAUCUUGUGCUAGCAGAAAAUAGUCCAGGAAAAGAUAGUACUGAAUAUAUUCUUGAAUUUCAGCCAGUAAUACCAACUUUGAAAAGACAUUUGAAGCCUUAUUGCCUGCCUUUUUUCUUUUACAAUGGAUAUAAAAGGCAACAGCAGAUGGCAACACUUACUAAAGAGAAAGACAGGCUCUCUCAAUCAAUAAAUGCAUAUAGAAAUUUGUUUGACACCACCAAUCAGCUUCUUGAUGAAUUAAAGUGUCAAGUCCAGGAAGCUAAAAUAAAAGAGGCUCAACUGAAGGAUGAUCUGAAAAGACACCACCAGAUUGACAUACCUCAUGCUGAGGGGCUGCAGUAUCUUGAUUGUCUUAUAAAGCAGAAAAAGUCUGAGCAGGAAGGAAUAAUGAAACAACCUAGAAGAACAUGCACACUUAGCAAUUAUCCCAAAGGUAGUCAAGAUGUGCUGGGCAAAAUUUCACACUUGGCACACAUUGAAGAUAAUGAAGCUGCAAAGGUCAUCUCUUGGCAUCUGGCAAGUGAUAUGGACUGUGUAAUCACUCUAACAACUUCUGCUGCCCGUCGUAUCUUUGAUGAAACCCAAGGGCGACAGCAAGUACUGCCUCUUGAUUCUAUUUAUAAGAAAAACCUACCAGACUGGAACAAGCCUUUACCUCACCUACGAAAUGGAAAAAACUAUUUCAAGCCUAUGGGGAAUCCUGUAUUUGCCAGGAACUUGCUAACAUUUCCAGAACAUACAGAGAACUGCCACUCAGUGUUUGGGAUGCUCUUAGGAGAUACUAUUAUUGUUGACAAUCUGGAUGCUGCCAAUCAUUAUAGAAAAGAGAUUGUGAAAAUUUCACAUUGCCCAACUUUACUGACAAGAGAAGGAGACAGAAUUCGCAGCAAUGGGAAGUUCGGAGGCCUUCAAAAUAAAGCACCUCCUAUGGAUAAACUUCGAGGGAUGGUUUUCGGAGCACCUCUGCCACAGCGUUACAAUAUUCUUUCUACACAGAUAGAUCUCCUUCAGCAAUACCAUACAGCUGUUAUCAGACUUCAUAAAGUAAAGGCAGAACUUGAAGAUCAAGAAAAAUUAGUAAAAACGCCAGAAAUGCAAACAAAGAAACAAGAGCUUGCUGACCAAGAGAGGGAUCUCAAGUUAAUAGAGCAGGAAUUAGGGAUGACUUCAUCAGGUCGAUGCACAACAUCUUCAUUUCUUCAAGAAGAGCAAGAUUUAACUGACUGUCCAAGUCCACCAAAAAGAAUGCGGAGAGAAGGAACAAAACGAUUAUAUAGUUCAGAAGAAUGGAUCUCAUCUUCUCCCAUGAAAAAACAGCAGCAAACAAUAACUGUCACAUCAGACGUUAAUGGAACAUCUCGAAAAAAGAAAACAUAGAAUAAUUAGAUUUGUUUAAAAGUAACUAUAUAUUUAAAUAUGUAAUUGCAGAAAGAAGGUUCAGGUUGUUACUAUCGUUAAUACUUUUAUACUGAUACAGAAAUAUUCUUGUUAGCAGCAACAGGCAGCUUAAUUUUGUAUACUUUUUUAUUUUUGAACUGCAUUUAUUAGACUUCAACAUGUGGAAGUAUAAAAACACAUUUUAUUUAUGAAAAGUUUCAAAUUUUGCAAUAAAAAUAUUGCAAUACUAAAAGA